AUAUCUCUCACAAAUCAAAAACAAAGAAAAAGGUCCAGAGAGAAAGAAAUUCCAAUUUCAGAGUGAGAAAAAAUGUCGGGAAGAGGAAAAGGAGGAAAGGGUUUGGGAAAGGGAGGAGCAAAGAGGCAUAGAAAAGUUCUCAGAGAUAACAUCCAGGGUAUUACCAAGCCAGCUAUCAGAAGAUUAGCUAGAAGAGGUGGAGUCAAACGUAUCAGUGGAUUGAUCUAUGAGGAAACUCGUGGUGUUCUUAAGAUCUUUCUUGAGAAUGUGAUUCGUGAUGCUGUUACCUACACUGAACAUGCUAGGAGGAAGACUGUCACUGCCAUGGAUGUUGUCUAUGCUUUGAAGCGACAGGGAAGAACUCUCUACGGUUUUGGGGGUUAGGGUUUUUAUUGUAAAGGAUGAAAUUAGGGUUUUUAAUAGAAGUAGUUUUUAAUUGAUGAUGUAAUUGAGAUCUAGAAUUUAAUGGAAUGUCUGAUAAUUCAUCAUCUCUGUUCCAUUUGAAUGUUAAUUUUUGUUACAGAUUCAAGCCGAUUUCAUGUUUCUUUCAAUUAGUUAUAUUGUGAUUGAAUUUAUCAGUUCUGUUUUCCUA